AUGCUCACAUAUCUAGCAUCUUGCGGGUCAACGACCCGUGACAACAAACCGCCAAAUGGUUUAAGAUCCACCAAGUACGUCGUGCUCCUGGCUCUAAGUUUCUCCCGAGUUGCGCUAAUGAUCCCCGCUUAUGUACAACAGUGUCCGGCUCCCUCCCAAGCAUACAACUCCCAUCCAACCUCGCGCCAGGAAACUACCUCGUCUGCCACGAAGUCAUCGCUUUCCAUAUCGCUCUCCAUCUCGCCACAUCACUCAGCGGUGCGGAGUUCUAUCCCGCCUGUUUGCGGCUCACGGUUGGCGCAUCGGGCACUGGAGUCCCUGACCCUUCGGGGUGUUCGAUGCCAGUGCACCAUACACCUCCCUGGUUCUCCUGUCGCCUCAUUUGUGAAUGGUGGCACUUCCACUCCUGUUAACGCAACCACGACCGCAUCCUCAACGGCAACGGCAACCCAAACUGGUGGUGCCACUGGGACAUCGACAACCUCCAAGGGGAAGAUGUGCAAGCUCAAGAAGGGCAAGUCUUCCUCUUCAUCGGUCGUUCCAUCGGCCUGCGCGGCGGCAGCAAGUGCCAUCACCACCGACAUGUACCCCGACACUUCAGCAGGGUCAUGCGCAAACUUGCGCUCGGCUGCAGCAUCUAAUACGCCUCUGGUUAUGAUACCCCACGACAUGCAUGCCCGCGAUUAUGACUACUAUUUAGAUCCCGCCUUGUGUUGUAUUCAUACUCAGUCAUUCAUAUUACGCGAAGUUCACUCUUCAAGCUCAAGUAAGGUUACUGAGACUUAA